GAUAAAUUUGGUUUUCCCAAUACAAUUGGAGCCAUAGACUGUACGCAUAUCUCAAUUAUUUCACCCGUAGAUGAGAACCAUGCUCCAUCAAUUACAUAAUUAAAUCGUAAAGGUUUUCAUAGUAUUAAUCUACAAGCGAUAUGUGAUUCAAAUAUGAUUUUUUUAAAUGUCAAUGCUCGAUAUCCGGGAGCAACACAUGAUGCAGCUAUAUGGGAAGUGUCAAAUAUAAAUUUAAAUUUAUCAAGACGUUACCAAAAUGGAGAUAGAAAAACUUGGUUAAUAGGCGAUUCGGGCUACCCCAUACAGCCAUGGAUGAUGACGCCUAUCAAUGAUGCUUUGCCAAAUAGUCCAGAAGCUUUAUAUACCCAGCUACAUUGUAGAGCUAGAAAUGUAGUAGAAAGAGCCUUUGGAUCACUAAAAAGUCGUUUCAGGUGUUUGUUGAAACAUAGGACAUUACACUAUAGUCAUGCUGCGGCUGGUAAAAUUAUAUAUGCAUGCAUAGUUUUACAUAAUUUAUGUAAACAAUAUGACUUACCAGAAGUAGAAUAUGAAGAUAACGAAGAUGAUGAGGAAGGCGAUGAAGAAAUAAACCCAGUAGUGGGUGGGAUCAAUACUUUAACAGAAGGCCGUUUAAUCAGAAGACAACUUGUAAACGACUUAAGUGAGUUAUAAAUUGCAUAUAGGUCUAGAUGGAGUU